UUUAAUUCGCGCUUCUUCUAUCAAACAAAGAAAACCAAAAAGUCAUUUUCAAUCGCAUGAAACUCAUUGUUAUUGAACUCCGUUUGUUUUCCAAUUUGUUUAACCCCAAUUCCGCCGCUCGUUGUGUGUGUUUUUUGUGACGAAUGCAGUGAAAAUCAAAUGAAACGUCGUAUAUUAUAUCGUGGUAUACAAAAGUGCUGCUCUAUUUGGCGCCCAAAAACGGAAGGAUACUCGUGGCUUUAAGCAUCAGCUCUAGAAAAUUACAGAAGGACAUUAACACCAGGAACUGGACCAAUUUUAGACCGAAAUACGAAUAAUCAAGCACAACAAUCAACUCUACUCACCGACCUUUCUAGUCUUCUACAUACCCGUUUACACUCGAAGGACCUUUUGUACCGUCCCCCUUUUUGGAUAAACAUAUCGCUGGAGAGGAAACACGAGGAGAUAGUGCCCUAAAACCCGCACCCAUCCACCCGAUCCUGCUGCCCCCGUGAUCCACGACAGGAUCAGUCGUAACCCCAAUAACAAAUACCCUGUUGACCGUUGCGUGCCCCGAGGCAAAAGGAAUCCAAGACGGCGCCACUUAAACCACAAGCCUAUAAAAUUGGCCGAAUGUUAUGUUGUGGCUUCUGCUGUGGCAACAUGUCGAAGCGCGAUUACAAAGUGGCCACCACGGAUGGCAUCGAGCUGGAGCCGUUGGGCGGCGAAAAGUGCGACAAGGAUAAGGACAAGGACAAGGAGAAGCAGACGAACGGCGUCACUUUCGGUGGCGAAUCGAGCGGCGGACGGCAGACGCGCACCGGAGUGGCCGUCUGCUCACAGCGCCGGGCUCUACUUGUGGCCGGAAUCGUGCUCGGCUCGCUGCUGCUGACGGCCAUCAUCAUCGCCUACGCUGGACCGCAGAACGACUGCUCCUGCGGAUCGAAAACGGUGUCCGGUUACGAAACGGAUGAAGAGAACAACACCCAGCCCUUCAAUCCGAUUGCCACUAACGGGGAGCCCUUUCCCUGGCUGGAGAAGAUGCUGCCCACCAGUGUGCGACCGCUGCGGUACAUGGUCACCAUCCAUCCCAAUCUGACGACACUGGAUGUCAAAGGCCAAGUCACCAUCGAUUUGCAUGUGGAGAAGGAGACCAACUUCAUUGUGCUGCACAUCCAGGACCUCAACGUCACCGAGAAGGCCAUCGUGACCCCGGGCCCCAAAGGCUAUGCCCUCAAGAUUGUCAAGGUGCUGGAGUUUCCUCCCCGACAGCAGCUGUACAUCGAGGUGAAGGAGAGGCUCAAAAAGAAGUCCAAUUACACCCUCAAUCUUCGCUGGUACUCCAAGCUCAAUCCGGAGCCAGAGGGCUUCUAUGUCGACCAGUACGAGAGCUCCAAUGGCGUUGAACGAUUAUUGGCUGCCACAGUUUUCCGACCGAAUGGCGCAAGAAGAGCAUUUCCCUGCUUCGAUGAGCCGCACGUACGAGCACCGUUCCGCAUCUCCGUGUUCCGCGAUCGCUUCCACAUCGGACUGUCCAACUCCAUAGUGCACACCACCGAGGACGUAGGCUUCUACAUGGGCACAGGAUUGCUGCGCGAUGAUUUCAUAGAGACUCCACCACUGCCCGCCGAUGCGGUGGCCUGGGUGGUGAGUGACUUCCAGCGCGAAUCCCUGCAGCCCUCAGCGGCAUAUAUUCCCACGACGCCAGCGCCCCCGGGAUCCGGAGUGGGUGGCAAAAAGUCCGCCCAACUGAACAAUUACACGCAGCUUAAGGGCAAAAACCCGCCGGUACGAAACAUCACUGCCCUCACUCAUUCACUGAAUGUCAACCUGACGCCACGCCAAAACCUGACUGUUGUUCAACCCACGACGACGACAGCUUGGCCAGUGAAUCUCAAUGGGAACGGAAAGCCAACGAAUCUAACAUCACUUUCCCAGUCCACGGGAUCGUCGAUAAAGAGAGCUCCGUCGUACACCUUCUAUGCACCCAGGGAUCUGCUGAUUCGCUCCUCAUUCAUUCUGCACACUUCAAGAGACGUUCUCGAGUAUUUGCAGACCUGGUUGGAUAUCAGUUAUCCCCUCACGAAAGUGGACUUUGUGGCUUUGCCUUCCCUGGAUCGUAACAUGAUCUCCUCGCUGGGAUUGGUCACUUUGAAAACCUCGUUCUUAACGGAUCCCAGUUCAAUAACCUCUGAGCAAUAUCAGUUCAGUGCACUUCGCAUUGCCGAGGCGAUGGUAAGGCAGUUCUUUGGAGGAAUCACUUCGCGAAAGGUGCUCAAGGAUGUCUGGUUGUGGGAGGGAUUAAUCCAGUAUUUGGGCAUCCACGCCUUGGCCCCGCUCCAGGAAACCUGGCCCUUGAGGGAAAUGUACCUUCUGAAGAUGGCCACCGCUGCGUUGGAUAUCGAUGCCAUUCAAGGUUGGGAUAGCAUCAUGAACGGCACCAGUCACGAUGGCAACAAUGAGGAGUUCUUUGUUCAAAAGACAGCGGCCAUAUUCUCCAUGCUGCACACGGCCAUCGGUGAGGAUCGAUUCAGGGGCUGUCUGGGCUCGUUCCUUAAGGUGAAUCGAUUCCGGACUGCUGAGCCCACUGAUCUGUGGACCAUUUGCACGAAGAAAGCCAACGGCUCGAAGAAUAUCAAGGACAUGAUGACGCUGUGGACGCACCAGCCUGGCUUCCCCCUCCUCACGGUCACCAAAAUGGGCAACAGCAUUUCCAUCUCGCAGAGACCUUUUCGACCCGCGGAAUUCCUGGCCAUCCAUGACGACUCCUACGAUGGGAAUAACUACAAUAAAACGACGCUGAAUGCCACUGACAUGCCCAGCACAGUGGCACCCACCACACAGGGUAGUAAGCAUAAGGUGGCGCCGCACAUGAAGUGGAUCUUCCCAGUCACCUAUGUGACAGAUAUCAACAACGUCAGCGAAACGCUCUGGAUGCAGAAUGUGGAUGUAACCUUCAACGUGCCGGAGAACGUGAAAUGGAUCAAAGUGAAUGCCAUACAAAACGGCUAUUACCGAGUGGUCUACAAUGAUGAUAAUUGGGCAAGUCUGAUCGAGGAGCUGGCCGCCAAUCCCAACCGAUUUACCAGCGAGGAUCGCCUGGGUAUGUUGUCGGAUGCCUUUACGCUAUGUCACGCCAAUCUGCUGCCCUGUGAGAUCACCAUGAACAUGAUUCAAUAUCUGCCCAGUGAGACGCACUACGGUCCAAUGGCCUUGGCAUUGAGGCAUUUGGAAAAGUGGCGACGCAUCCUCAAGUACUCGGAGUGCUUCCUCAUGCUUAGCGAGUUCAUCAAGAUGAAGAUAUCCACGGUGAUGGAGAAGGUCGGCUGGUCGGAUGACGGAGAUGUGGCCACCAGAUUACUGCGUCCCGAAGUGCUGUUGGCAUCGGUUCUGUGGGAAGACAUCGACAGCAUCACCAAGGCGAAGAACAUGCUAAAUCAGUAUCUUUACUACAAUGGCACCGCCAUUCCACCAAAUCUCAGAGAGGUGGUUUACACGGGCUCCAUUCUAUCGGGGGAGUACAUUUACUGGCAGCAUUGCUGGGAGCGCUUUGUUAACCUGCAGCGCACAUCGGAGACAUUCGUGGAGCGGAUGCAGUUGCUCCGAGCCUUGGGCAGAACCAAGGAUGCCUGGCUGCAGAACCGCCUGCUAUCCCACGUUACCAUGCUGCCCACCGAGGAGGUGGUGCAGGUGCUCAAGGCGAUUGCAGGAACGCCGACGGGCGGUGCUAUGGCCUGUCGCUUCCUGCAGGCCAAGUGGUUCGAGCUGGAGAAGCGCCUGGGACCUGGAACAAUCAGUUUCGCCAAGGUCAUAUCGGCCAUCACCCAGUACGGGGCCACCAAGUUCGAUUACGAUGAGCUGAAAUCGCUGGUCCAUCGAUUUGGCCGGGGUCAUGGCAUGUCGGUGCUGAACAUGACCUUGAGCAGCGUGGCCUCCAACGUGGAGUGGGUGGCCCGGUCACAGACGUCGCUCUACAAGUGGGUGGAGGGCAACCUGCACUCGCACCGAUAGAGGAGAUAGGGCAUGCGGAGGUCCUGGUCACAGUUCUCUCUUCACACUCAUUUGUAAUUAUGUUCCUCUCUCAGACACGAAUCUUAAGUGAGCUUUGAUUUCGCCAAGUUAACUAACACAAUGGAUCUAUGUACUCUUUACCAUAUCAUUGCCAAUUCGAUCGAUCUCCUUGGUUUUCUCUGUAGCUAACCUAUGAUUUUAGUAUACUUAAUGCUAGCCAACUUAACUGUAAAAUACGAUUGCUAUGAUCAAGCAAACAGCUCUUAUAUAUGUGUAUAUCUAUCUAUCCAAGUGGAGAAAACCUUUUCUAGCACAUACGAACGUGUAUAUCUACAACUGAACAUAAGGAUAUAUCUAUAUAUGUAUAUUGUAUAUGUAUGUAUAUUUUACAAACCAAACCAAACAAAACAAAACCAAAACAUAUUUAGAGCAAUGGAUAAUUGUAGAUUGUAAGCGAAGAACAAAGAACAACAUAUUUUUUCAUAAAAUCUAAAACGUAACAAAAGAAUCCCCAGAAUCGAUAAACUAAAUCGCCUAUGAAUGCAUUCUAGUAACUGUAUAGCAUAUGUAUAUUAGUAUUAGUGAGCAUUGCGCUCGUGUGUGUGUCCGUGUAUGUGCGCAUCGAAAUAUCACAGAAAUCUUCCUUUUGCCCAAAGAUUAUGUACUUAAGUACCCAUAUAUACUCUAUGCUGCCUGGCCAAAAAAACCCAUUAGUAAAUAACCAAGACCAAGUUUUAAAUAUCUUUUGAUUUCUAAAUGUAUUUUAAAAGUCAGUGUUAGCUUCCAGUCAACAAUUUAUAUACAUACAUAUUAUGUCAAAUCAAUAGAAUUUUGUCUGAAUGUUCAUUACAUAUAUUUUCAUAUAUUUCAAAUGCUAGUAAUAAUUUUAACUUGAAAUAAUGCAUAAAUUUCGAAUCCAAAUCAGUUUGAAAACAAGUUUUGAUCAGAAAGAUACGUUCUGGCAAUAAAAAACAUGUCGGCGAAUCGAAAUAUUUAUCGCUAGGCCAAUUAGCUUAAAAUCUGUUAACGAUAUCGUAUGGCUGCCAUAGUAAUUAACUGGUCAAAAUAUCAGUAUGGUGCCAUGAACUACAUAAUGAAUGUAAAGUUCGCGUCUAUCAAGCUCUAGUGUGUGGUCUAAGGUCAGGCAGGCAGAUAUAACUUAGGAAAUCGAGAUACGACAUACCAAAUAGACACCCCAUAUGUACAUACAUGGCAUACAUGCUGUAGUUUGCUAGCAGAACAAGACAUGUUCAACACUUUUUAUUUACGCACUCGCCUAUCACACUUAAACUGUGUACCAGAUUACAACGUUCCGACUAGUGUCUUAUUAAAGACAUUUUACCAUCUAAUUUACUACUUAACCAUAACGCUGCUUAUCAUUUGAUUGGCGUUGGAACGCCGCUCCCAAAGAUAGCCAGAUUAUACAGCCCGAAGUGUUUGUGCAAACCGAGGGAAUCCGUCGACUUCUGACCACUUAUCACUACGGUUCCAUGGCACGCCGGUUUUGUCAUUAGAAACCAAAGAAACGUGUAAAAGUUGAGCCAUUUGAGCAGACCGCGAUAAGAAAGUGCCAUGCGACUAGAUUAGCUUAGUGGGCGACAUGAGCGUAGAUGGGUCAGUUAUCGAGGGACGACAUUUUUCAACCAUCAGAAAGAAAUAUUAAGCUAUCGAGGAAGCAGAAGCUAUACUUUUGAAUACUUUCCAUAAGAGCUAACACAUGAAAUAUCAAUCGCUCGAAAUGGUUAAGCAGGUUCAGAGUUAAACCUUCAACCGCAUUUGACUAUGCUAAUUUGUAAAGGUGUAUUUGCAUUAGGCCAUUUGAGAUCUUUGAUUUCGUUUUUGGGAGGAAUAGGUUGAUUUGCUUGGCUAAGACACACUAAGACUAACUCAAAGAUACUCGAAGUCAAUCGCUCAGAAACCCCGAAACUGUAGAAACACGGUCAGAAAAAUAAGAGAGAGGGAGAGAGGGCAAUACCAAAUGAAACCAAAAAUAACUUUAUUAGCGACAAAGUUAGAUCACAGAGAAAACACAAAAACAAGUUUUGGAGCGAUUUUACGGAUUUUUGACAAAUGUAUAAGCCAAACAAGCAACUAAAAAUGAGAAACGAAAACAAACCGAAAUAGAGAUAAUACAAAAGGAACACAGAAUAACAGAGAUACUCAGAGCCCAGGAGAAAAAAACAAAACAAAAAUCGGAGAAAAUUAAGAAAGUUUGUCAGAUCAACGGACUAAACAAUGUUUGUUUUGGUUACAAUAGCUCUUUAUUUCAUUUUUAGCCCAUUCAUCGUCUAAGUGCAUUGUACAAUGCAUAUCCGUCCACAGCUUUGAUUGACUUACAACAUCUCAUUUGGGUUCCAUUAAGUUUUCCAAAAACAAACACACAACCUAUCCCCAAUCCGUUCCUGGCGCCUAACCCCGCUUUUGUCCUGGAGUUGAAGAAUGGCCUUUUCGAAAUUCAAGGAUCAAAUAUCAAUUCUAGUUAAUUUUAUUAGACGAAAUUUUUUGGCAAUCGGCAUCAGUUUAUACAAAAUUAGUAAUUAUGCAUUGUCUAUUAGGUUUUAUGUAAAACUUCGCGUAUGGAAAAUAAAAAGUGUAUCUAGAAUGCAAUGGAAAGCAGGCAGAGCAACUCUAAAGACGUAAACCAAAUUGUAUGCUAAUGAUAUAUACACAUCUAUAUAUAAAUAUAUAUUUACAUAAUAUAGUUUAAGUCAA